AUGAGGCAUCUCACCAAAGGCAGCACAACAAUCGACAUUCGUUUGAAUGAGGAGAAGUUUUAUUUUCCAGGCGAACUCAUCAAAGGUGUGGUGGUUGUGCACCCAAAGCAUCCAACCAAGACCAACCAUAUUCGACUGACAUUCUCAGGCGAGGUGCAUAUUUCGGUCAAGGAUAAAGAGACGUUCAAUCUGUUCCAGAAAACCGAGAUUCUUCCAGUAUCCACACAUGGAAAAGCUCAAGUUCUUGAAGCCAAACAACAUACAUUUCCUUUUGAGUUUGCGGUUCCCGAUGAUUUACCAAGCACUAUGGAGUUUGGCAAGCGCAAGACCUAUAUUCGAUAUCGAUUGACAGCUAUUCAUGAUCGACCCAUGGUUCCAGAAUCCUUGUGUGCAAAAGCCGAUUACACUGUUCCGAUCCUCGAACUAGUCGAUGUCGACUUGCCUCGCUACACUAAGCCCCAAGAACAAACGAUGGAUUUUGUUCCUCCAAAGUCAAAGCCUGGUCAACAAUGCCAACUCAAAACAUCCAUCCCACGCUUUGGUUAUACUCGAGGUGAUUUGGUCAAGCCCACCAUUUUAUUGAAUCACUAUGAGCGGUUUGUGAGAAAGGGUGCUAUCAAGGUGGAUCUUGUACGUAUUGUGGAUAUCAAAACGAGCAGAAACACCUUGACCAAGGAAGACGUGUUGAAAUCAAUGGAGCAUGAUGCCAACAUUAUUGGUCCUUACAACUUUUCACAAGCGUUCCAUCCUCAGUUGCUUAUUCCAACAUCGACACCACCCACUGUAAAGUACAAGGAGAAGAUCAUUGAAGUCCAAUAUCGCAUCCGUAUUCGUUUGUAUAUGACUGGGAAGAAAUCGGCUCAUGAGACUCAACUUGUGGAGAUGCCUAUUGUGAUUGGUACAUGGCCCAAGGCGACUCUUCCCAUUGACGACGAUGAUGAUUAUGAUUCACAAGAGGGACCUAUGUUGAGUGAUGAAGAAAGUGAUGAAGAAGAUGAUCAAAGAUCGGUCUUAUCAAUGCCACCACCUCCUCAACCCACUCAAUCACGAUCAUCAACAUUUGCAACACCACAACAAGCUCAUAGACGUACACCAUCCAUUUCGUUGCAAUCGACCCCUUCAGCAUCUACCAUCACUCUCACUUUGCAAAACACUCAUAUCGGUAAUAGUAAUGGUGUAGUACGAUCGGACUCCAAUGCAUCUCGGUCAUCCAAUCGGUCACGAGGCUCUGGGGCGUCGUGGCGCUCGAGUCAAUCUUGGGAUAGGUCGCCAACCUUGUCACGCAACACAUCGGCAUGUACUAAUAUCACCAAUCCUGAGACAUCCAUGUACAAUGGCCGUAAUCUUGUUGUAUCAGCGGGAAGUCAAACCUAUAUCAAUCGCACCCCAUCAACCCCAGAAUUCGGCUCCGCUAUUAAUACCAUGGCAACCGCACCACCUCCACCACAACCCUAUUAUUACGAUUCAUCAUCGUAUAUGCAACAACAACAACAACACCAUGCUUAUCAAUAUCAGCAGCAGCAACGAUAUGAUUAUGCUGGUAUUAGUAAUCCAUCGGUACCAACACAUGUCCUACAGCCCUUGUCCACCACCAACAACACUGUAGUAGCUGCUUCCUCAUCCACAUCAUCAUCAGCUUCACCUCGUUCCCCUAUUAGCCCUUCCACUACUACCAACAAGAUGCCGCACAGAAAUUACAACUACGACUUUUAUGAUGACUCGGAGCCGGCUUCGACUUUUUCACCUCCACGACCCACCACCCACUCUUCAUAUCAACCAUCCACUCUUUCAAGCGAUGAUUCAGAUGAUUCAGACGACGAGGGUGAUUUGCUUCGUAUCAUUGAGAAGAAGCAAGCUGAACGUGAACGACGCGCCAACAUGUACAAAUACUAG